UUUCCUCCCUUUGGGAGACGCAUGCGCAGGCUGGUGUUCUCUCCAGUUUCCCAGAGCGCUCAGCGCGGUGAAGAAGCGUCGGUCGCGGGCUGGAGGCAUUUUGUGUCCUGGAUAUCGGCAGCGAGAGGAAACGAGCGAACGAGAGAGCGACAGACAGACAAGAUGGCGGCGGCCGAGUGAAGCGCCAGUUAGUGGCGACGGACGGACAGACUCGCUUGGGCUUUUAUUUUCCCUCUUUCCCUCCUUUCCCCCCCCCUCCGAGACCCCCUUCUGUUCCUCAGAAGGGGAAAAGCGCGCUGUCAGCCGGGAAAUUGCGUGGGACGUCCACCCUUCGGAGCGGCCUAGCGCGAUCCAAGCCGCCGAGAUCGAAGCCCCUUCACCUUCUUCAGUCGUCCCCUGCCCCGUCCCUAGCCGUGGUCGAGCAGGAGCUCCCCGUGGAAGAACUCGCGGGCUCUCAAACGCGUGGGAAAUAACCCCUAUCCCCCCAUCCCCUCCGUCGCCAUGGCGAGCAGCAGUGGCUCCAAGGCCGAGUUCAUUGUCGGGAACAAAUACAAGCUGGUGCGGAAGAUUGGUUCGGGCUCCUUCGGGGACAUAUACUUGGCCAUCAAUAUCACCAACGGGGAGGAAGUAGCUGUGAAGUUAGAAUCACAGAAGGCCAGGCAUCCCCAGCUGUUAUAUGAAAGCAAACUAUACAAGAUUCUACAAGGGGGAGUUGGCAUCCCUCAUAUAAGGUGGUAUGGUCAAGAAAAAGAUUACAAUGUUCUAGUCAUGGAUCUUCUUGGACCUAGUCUUGAAGAUCUGUUCAACUUCUGUUCUCGUAGGUUCACAAUGAAAACAGUACUUAUGUUAGCAGACCAGAUGAUCAGUAGAAUUGAAUAUGUGCAUACAAAGAAUUUUAUACACAGAGACAUUAAACCAGAUAACUUUCUAAUGGGUAUCGGACGUCACUGUAAUAAGUGUUUAGAAUCUCCAGUGGGGAAGAGGAAAAGAAGCAUGACUGUUAGUACUUCUCAGGACCCAUCUUUCUCAGGAUUAAACCAGUUAUUCCUUAUUGACUUUGGGUUGGCCAAAAAGUACCGGGACAACAGAACGAGGCAACACAUACCUUAUAGAGAAGACAAAAAUCUCACUGGUACAGCUAGAUAUGCAAGCAUUAAUGCACAUCUUGGCAUAGAACAGAGUCGUCGUGAUGAUAUGGAGUCAUUAGGAUAUGUAUUGAUGUACUUUAACAGAACCAGCCUGCCGUGGCAAGGAUUAAAGGCAGCAACAAAGAAGCAGAAAUAUGAAAAGAUUAGUGAAAAGAAGAUGUCUACUCCUGUUGAAGUUUUGUGUAAGGGAUUUCCUGCAGAAUUUGCAAUGUACCUGAACUACUGCCGUGGCCUGCGCUUUGAAGAAGCUCCUGAUUAUAUGUACCUGAGGCAGCUAUUCCGUAUCCUUUUCAGGACCCUGAAUCAUCAAUACGACUACACAUUUGACUGGACAAUGUUAAAGCAGAAAGCCGCACAGCAGGCAGCCUCUUCCAGUGGGCAGGGGCAGCAAACCCAAACCCCCACAGGCAAGCAAACUGACAAAUCCAAGAAUAACAUGAAAGGUUUUUGAGCAUGAAGAAGAGAACAGAUGAGGCAGAGCUGAAUGGAGCAGGAUGUAUCACCUCCCAAAUCCUAGAAAUCUUAGUUCAUAAAUACACAUACCAGUGGUUGUGGGCAACCAUCUACUUGAUGUAAAGAACUUGCUUUCAGUAUAAACUGGCUCUGGGCAGCACCAUUGAUGCUGCAUCUCUUGAGUUGUAGCAGCUGUAAUUGUGAAUAUUACUGAGAUAGUUGAACAUGGUGUCCAGUUUUCUAUUGCAUUUUUUCAAGUGGAAAAAUUAACCGAGUGGUUGACACACAAGUGGUGGAGAGAAUUGUGCAUAUGCCAAUUUUUGUAACCUUUUUACUUUGAACUACACUGCUUAUGAGAUCUAAUUAUUUUGGAAGAAUGGCAUGAACAAGUCUUCAGAACAGUUGCGAUAAUUGUAAAUGCUCACAAUUGUGCACUUCUUCUGGGUAUUCCUCCCUGGUUCUGAAAGUUGUACACUUAAAACAUUCUUAAAAUUGCUGGUAACUUGAGUGAUGUAACAAGCCAGCUAUUGUGGUAGUAACCAAAGAUUCCAGUUUUAAGCAUAUGAAAGACUCUGCCUGCUUACCUGUGCAUAGAAAUAACAGCAUCUAAAGUGAAGACUUAAGAGAAAUUUAGCGACUACUAGAUUACGUUUAGGACUUUGCAUUAACUCUAUAAUGUUAUUGGUAUAAAAGGAGAAGCAGCAUAUUUGUCACAAAUUUAGUUAACAUCCUCCAACUGAAACUAUGUAAAAGUUGCUUAGAUAAAUGUAAUCACUGUAAACAUCUAGAAGAUCUGGGAUUUUGUUUUUAUUUUGAAAUGGGAGCAUUUUUGUUUACAAGUUCAUUAAAAACUAAACUGUUCCUAUAAGGAAUCUUUUUUUUAAUUUGCCUUGAUAAUUUGCAAACUAAAUUAGACACCACCUUUUUUUAAAAUGGCAGUUACAAUGCCAUUUGUUAAAGCAACAGUCCUGUUUCUUAAUCAUUUUAGAUCUAGUGUUGUAACUCUUCCUCACUUUUGUUUUUAAAUAAAUUUUGUAUUUGUUUUCCUGAUGGGGAGGGGCACACUUGCAUUUUUAUAAUCUGUUGCAUUAAUACCCAGUCUGCUGUAACGAGAUCAGAUGAAAAUAAAGGAAUCUUUUCAGACCCAUUGCAACAGUUUACAAAUCUUGCCAUAACUUUGCAUUGGCUAGACUUGUUUAUUUUUUGCAGAUUUAAAAUGAAAUGGUAUGAAGGGUGUUAAAAAGGAAGAAUUUUCUUUCGAAUUCUUGUGAAACAAAUAUGACAGGUUUACUCUUGGUCUCAGGCAGCCUCUCACAUUGGUUACUGGUUACUGCCUUAGAUUAUCUUUUCACUCCAAUCCAGCUGAAAAACAUUCUUAUUGCUGGUGAUUCAUAUAACAGUGUAACUUAUUCCUUUAUAGCAUGUCAGAAUAAAUUUUAAAAGUUGUCUGAAAAUGCUGCCAGAUGCCUACUGUGUACAUGGUUUUUUAUGACUUGCACAGCUCUUCUGUGUUUAUCAAAUUAGUCCCAGUACAUAUUUCAAUAUGAGACAUUGAAGCUCCCUUUAAACAACUCCUUUUCCACAAAGUAAAUACUUAUAUUUUAUACUAUUGUCAUUCGAGCAUAGAUACUUGGAGGAGGACAUCAUUAAGAAAUAGAGUGUGCAAAUAAGGACUUUUUGGAUAUGCUUUGUACAGUUUUGCUCAGGUUUUUUUUUUUUCCUGGAAACAAACAUACUUAAAAAAAUUCCCAAAACUCAUUCAGGUUUUCUAAUUCUUAUGAAUGUAAGUUUCAUUUUCUUUAACAAACUGUACAAAUAAUGGUGAGGGAUGGAAAUAAUAACUUGCUUAUAUAUGUAGUUCAGUCCUACUAAUGGAAGAUGAGGCACAUGUAAAUAUAUCCAGCUUUGUAAAAGCAGAACUUCACAUUUUUAUAGUAGCUAAAUUACUUUUAGGGAGAAUAUGCUUAGCUUAUUAAGAUGCUGUAUAAACAUUUCAUUGUCAAUGCAAUGAGGUAGCAAAAUGUACACAAAACUAGACAAAAUGCUUCCUCCUUGUGGAUUUUGCACUAUGAAUUCCUAACUUGAAAAUGAUCAUAUGGAUUAAUAGUUUGAUAUUAUUAAGGAACUUUUAAAUUAUAGUGACCAAAACAAUAGUUGCAAAAGAAUGAUGGUUGGAAGGGGCAAAGAGUUAUCUAUCCCAAGAGAGUGCCUGCUGAUUUUUUGGCAGGCUUAUUUCUUAAGUCAUUCCUUCUUAAUAUCAGGAUUAAUAACAUCUAGACUGAUAGUAGUUAGUUAAAAAUUAAUAUUGGAAAGGGACGGCUGAUUUAAUUGGCUCAAUGUAGCUUUGCUUUUUUCCCUUUUUACUGAAUAUACUGAACAAUUAAAUGUGCUAAUAAAGUUGAUUCAGAGAGCUAAUGCUGGUUCUCUAAUUGAUAUGGUGACUACAGUAAUUGUCUUUAAUCAUGACCGGUAAGUACUGAAUGUACAGAUUAACAUUCAAAAUAAUGGUUGGUUUUAGUUACAGAUUACAUACUAGAAAUGUUUAGAGUACAUUUUUCAUGCAGCAGAAUUUCCCUUUGGUCUCUGCCGCAUUUCAUGAGAUCCUCCGCCUCCCCCUCUAGAAAAAUGUUUCAGUGUUCCAGAUUGAAUUUAGAGGGGUAUGUUAGGUCAAUGCAAGAUUAACUCAUUUUAACUCAUUUUUUAAGUCAAGAACUUCUGCUUGAAAUCCAAUGAAUUGUAUUAGGCCUUGGGCCAUAGAACAUAAUGAAAAAUAAUCAUACGACAAGGAAAAUAAAAUCCUUGUGAUAAUAGAACAAUUGUUUUUACCUAAUAUUGGAUACAAAUCCUUCUGGAUUAAAGUAUGAGAUAAGUGAAGUGUCCAGUUUCAAGAGUCUCAAAACACGAGAGUGCAACACAUACUUGUCAAGAGAAAAAAAUAUCCAAAAUAAAGAGUAUCAACAGAAGAAGAAAAAAUUCUUCUGUAAAUUAACUCUUAAUUGGCUAUCCUUCGGUCAAUUUGUCUCAUGAAGAUUUCAUGUUUUUGUUUUUGGAAGACAUUUAUAAAAUUUAUUGGCCACCCAUGUUACCACAGAGUAAUUAUGGACAGCUAAACAUUUGUCUUACAGAGUUAUGAAUACAAAGAUAUAACCAUCUCUUUACAAAGAGCAAAAAUUGGCUUGAAUGUAAUACCACCUGCAAAAUAGUUAUUGGUCUGGAGAAUUGUAGAAAGUGGGAAAGUAAAACUUAGAAUUCAGUUUUUAAAAAUGAUUACCAUUCUACCUGAAAGAAGUGUUACACACAACUCAUUCUAUAACUGCUUUUGCUGAAAUUAGAGACAAAGUUUUAAAUAAAAACUUCACAUCCUAGAUUCACUACUUUUACUGUACUACUACUUAUUAUUUACUAAUGUAUCAUUCUAGUAAAAAUCAUAAGGUUUAACCUUUAUUGAAUUGUAGUAAAGCUACAUUUGACCAGUGUCACAAAAUGUUGGACUCUUGAUUUCUUUGCAGUAGUGCUUGAAAUUUCAGAAUCCACUGCUGAGGAAGUUGACUCUUGAAAAGGUAAGUAGCAAUGCCAUAGCAAGAGAUCACUUGCAGAACAGCUGAACAAAUUACUUUGGAAGGAUUUGU